UUUAAAAGCCAAGCCUUUACACUCUGUCCUUCACACAUUUGGAUCCCAUUCUGGUGACAACACACUCCAAAGCGCAGCUAGAGAGUUCAUGUUUUAAAUUAAUCCAGUUUUUUAAAAAAUCUUUAGAUUAUAAAUUGUUAGUGUUAUAUAAACUGCAGGACCAGACUCUGGUUGGUAACGCGAGGCUCUUCGUGUCUUUAUAUCGCGUAUAAUAGGACUAUUCAUACCAAAAAAAAACCCCGAUGUUAAAGCUUAUUCUUCGUAGAAGUGUUUUUUCGUAGACAUAAACUCCGUUUUUAUCGGUUUUCGCUGUUUUCGGAGGAAGAAUUACUGGCUGGAUUUUAGUCCAGAGGAUUCAAGAAAUAGCAUGAUUCUUUGUGUACCAGGUCCUAGAGCUCUUCUGCCCGCUGUUCCAUCCACUGAAGCCCCACGGGGCAUGCGGGCAGGGACUGUGCCUCCUACCCCUUGCCUUCAAAGCACCCCUCCGCUAUGGGACCCUACAAAAGACCUGCGAGCGAUUGCAAGCAACUUCUGCUAUCUAGAAAAUUCAGGAUGGUACUGGGGAGCUAUUACUGCAGCACAGGCCCAUGCUGCUCUUCAAGAGGCAUCUGAAGGAGCUUUUCUGGUACGGGACAGCAGCCACCCUCUGUACAUGCUGACCCUCUCGGUCAGGACCGCACGUGGUCCCACAAGUAUACGGAUCCAGUACAGCGGUGCCCGAUUUUUGCUCGACUCCAGCUCCCCGGCCAGACCCAACCUGUCAUCCUUCCCCAACGUGCCCAGCCUGGUGCAGCACUACAUGGGACCACAGAGGAAAGCAGAGGAGGGGAAGGUGGAGGAGGAGGCCCCUUCCAAACCCUCUCUGCAGACAAUUCAGGAGACAUCUGUGGUAUUGAAACUGAAGCGGGCUGUGUACAAGCCCCAGGGCCUCCCCUCGUUACAGCAUCUCACACGUCUCGUCAUUAACAGGCACUCUGACUGUCCUGACCAGCUACCACUCCCGAGGCCUCUCCUGCGCUUCAUACAGGACUAUCCCUUCAAGGUAUGAGGAAUCCCUGAACUCUCUUACUCUGGCUGAAUCUGCUUAAGUAUGCUGAAGUAUACUUAAAGGAAAAAAAAAACUGUCAAAACGGGUCCUUUGUGCCUGUAAAUGACAUUGCUGCUCCAGACGUUGGAGGCCAGUCACAAAAAUACUGGACACAGGGUCAUGUUUUUGCUGACGAAAUAUGUACAAAUUCAGUUGAUACUGACGCGUCUGGUUUCAGAUUUAAUCUGUCAAGGACUGGGCUGUGAAGCACCCUCGAAAAAGACGACAUGCGAGCAAACCUCAGUACUGUAAUCACUUAUUUCAUGAUAGAUGUGGAAAUUGUCCACGUCUGCUUUACCCUCAUCAGUUCUGGAUGUACAUACUGUUCCUGAGAAGUACACUGAUUCCAUUGAGACAUCUUUUGCGCCAUUUUAUUUUUCUCAGUAAAGCAUUUUUUCUACCUUUUACAUGUGUACAUUUUUUCUAUUAAAGUAACCAUUUGGAGUCUAA